GGGGAGGAGGAGAAGGCUCCCGUGGAACCGACGGCUCGGGUGCCGGACGCCGGCGGAAGCGCGAGCGAGGAGAAUGAGGUACAAAGAGAUAACAAGCAUGAAGCUCUGGAUCACAGUUCCCAGCAUGAGGAAAAUGAGGAAAGGGUGUCAGCCCAGAAGGAGAAAUCACUACAGCAAAAUAAGGAAGGUGAAAACAAAAUAGCAGAGAAACCUGACUGGGAGGCAGAAAAACCCACUGAGUCUAGAAAUGAGAGACAUCUAAGUGGGACAGAUACAUCUUUCUCUCUGGAAGACUUACUGUUGCUUUCAUCACAGUCUGAAAAUUCACUGGAGGGCAUCUCAUUGGGAGAUAUUCCUCUUCCAGGCAGUAUAAACGACGGCAUGAAUUCUUCAGCACACUAUAAUGUAAAUUUUAGCCAGGCUAUAAGUCACGAUGUGAAUCUUCAUGAGGCCAUGUUGCUGUGUCCCAACAAUACAUUUAGAAGAGAUCAAAUAACAAGGACUUCACAGGCACAAGAGGCAUUUGUGCAGUUAAAUUCUGAUACCACCAAUCCUGAGCAAACCCUUCCUGGAACUAAUUUGACAGGAUUUCUUCCUAUUGAUCACCAGAUGAGGAAUCUAACAAGCCAAGACCUAUUAUAUGGCCUUGAUGUAAACAUAUUUGAUGAGAUAAACCUUAUGUCAUUGGCUACUGAAGGUUUUGAUCCUAUGGAAGUUUCUCAGCUUUUCGAAGAACCAGAUUCUGAUUCUGGCCUUUCGUUAACUUCAAGUCACAAUAGCACUUCUGUCACCAAGUCUAAUUCUUCUCAUUCUAUGCAUGAAGAAGGUGCUAGAGGGUAUAGUAGUGACCUUGAUUCUCUCUCCCAUCAUGACCUUCACGGGGCUGUAGGAGGCUGCUACCCAGAACCCAGUGAGCUUUGUCAUGUGGCUCAUAGGAAUGAUUCUGGUUUUCAUGUGGAUCUUGCAUUUCAACACAUACUUCAUAACCACACCUAUCACUUACAGCCAACUGUCCCAGAAUCCACUUCUGACUCUUUUUCAUGGCCUGGAAAAUCACAGAAAAUAAGGAGCAGGUACCUCGAUGACACAGAUAGAAACUUAAGCCGUGAUGAACGACGUGCUAAAGCUCUGCAUAUCCCUUUUUCUGUGGAUGAAAUUGUCCACAUGCCUGUUGAUUCAUUCAACAGCAUGUUAAGCAGGUACUAUCUAACAGACUUACAAGUCUCACUUAUCCGUGAUAUCAGACGAAGAGGGAAAAAUAAAGUUGCAGCUCAGAACUGCCGUAAACGCAAAUUAGACAUAAUUUUGAAUCUAGAAGAUGAUAUAUGUAACUUGCAAGCAAAGAAGGAAACCCUUGAAAGAGAGCAAGCCCAAUGUAACAAAGCUGUUAACAUAAUGAAAGAGAAACUGCAUGACCUUUAUCGUGAUGUUUUUAGUAGGUUACGAGAUGACCAGGGUAGGCCAGUCAAUCCAAACCAGUAUGCUCUUCAUUGCAGCCAUGAUGGAAGUGUUUUAAUUGUACCAAAAGAACUGGGGAUGUCAGGACACAAAGAAAUCCAAAAGGGAAAGAGAAAAAGUGAGAGAAGAAACUGAAGGUGGACUCCACUGUAUGGAUACAGUAAUGUUCAGGAACCUGGGAGUUGUGUUCAAGUGUUGUUAUCUUUAAGUACUGCUACUUUGAAUCACUGUUUUGAAGCUUAUAUGAACAGUUUAGGACUUCAAGAUCACCCUCGUGGGGAACUCUCCUACUGCAAUAUAUGCAAGAUUCAUUAAUAGUUCUGUUCAAAGGAUAAGGUGACAUGAAAACCUGGUGACUUUAUAGUAACUUUGGCAGCUUUUCUCAUAAGAUGGUCACUUCAAAAAGAAAACAUGGGGAUCUAAUUAAAAAUGUAUUUUUUAUACGACUAAAAAUUUAAAGUAACCUUAACAUUUUCAUUUGGCUUCUUAGCACUGAAGUAUGAGGGUACUUCAGAAAGUUCAUGGAAAAAUAGAAUUAAGAUAAUACGAACCAUACCAUGAACUUUUAACUUACAAAUUUUCUGUGCAAAUUUUAUAUUAUAAAAAAGUUAUUCUUUUACACCGAAAUUCCAAGCAAAUUUACCUUAUUUCAAACCCUUUAAAAUAUCCAUUCAGGAAGAAAGGUGAACAUCUAAUAACAUGACAGCAUGGUGAUAACUUUAAAUUUACACAAAUUGAUCACUCAGGCCAAAUUGAGGUCAACAUAGUAUGCCAAACUGAUGAGAACUAAAAAUGGUCAAGCUCUAAGCCAAGGAACUCCAGAGCUUUAAAGUAUCAGAGUGUUAGGCCUUAAUGUGCCUGAGGAAAAAGACCUAAAGUCACAGGUUUAGGCCACAGGCCUCCCCAACCAAGAUUCCUGCAUAUAAACAGAACUUCUUAAAUUACUAAACCCAUAGGGUCCCUGGCAGUAGUAGUAAAGCCAGCCAGUAGGGAUGGCCCCACACCCUAGAUACUGAGAUCUCACCAAAUUCCCUACCUUGCUGUCAAAACAUGAGCCCAUACCAGAAGGGGGCGGGGGGAAACAGGGAAGUUAAUAGAACGAUUUUGCAACCAAAGAAACUAGAAACUAUGGAACCACUUGAAAGAUGCUUAAAAGUUUAAAAUGGGCAAAAAGGUAACUAUUAAAUAAGAACAGGACAAUAAGGGAAAAAAGGUGAGUUUGGAAGUAAACUACAGUGAUCAAUCCUAGAAAUAAUAGUACUUGAAAACUCCAUUUAAUGAGUUUUAUUGGAACGGUAAACAUGAAUUUUUUGAAGAUGGCUGUGACCCUCAACCAGAUUAUCAAGUGGGAACAUCAAGAUUUUAACGUGCACCUUUAGUCUAACGCUUAAUUUCUGAAUUAUCAGGAUCAAGGUGGUCAGGUAUUUCUGCCACAGGAAUCAUUGUUUUACGAUGUGGAAUAUCACAAGUCAUAAAAAUAUGAUCUUGGGUUACAAAAACGGUUUAUACAGUUAAUUUUUAUAAUAAAAAUUUUUUCCAUUUUAAGUUGGGCUACGCACUUCUUUCAAGCCCUAGGUUUUGCCAGCAAACACUGCCCUUCAAUAACCAGUUUUGUUCAAUAACCAUUUGUUUCAUCUGUUGAUGGUACAAGAAUUACCUGAAAUGUCUUAAUCUUUUGAUACUUACAUUGUAACUCCAGGGUACAUACAGCAUAAUCAUUUCAAUCUACAAUAUCAACUUCUACAGUACCAAUUUACUUGUAGGUUUCAAAACUGGUAAGUGUAAUAUUCAAACAUGACUACCUAUUUGUCAGAUUCAGCAUUCUUUGAAAACUGAAAAUACCAAGGGAAAAAAAUGCAGUUGGAGGAAGCUGAAAUUCAAAAUGUUCAUGGUAACUGAAGUUUAAACUAUAGUUUAAAUUUGCAAGGUAUUUGGGGCACUGAGACCAAAGGCCAAUGAAUCAGAUUUACAACAGCCAGUUUCACAAUGCCACGGGCUAGUUUUCUGAUCCCACCCCCCCCACACACACACACUGGGAUUCAGGACCCUAAACCUAAGUUGCUUACCUUACCAUCACUGAUAUUUCAAUUUUAGCAGUGGAAGAAACCCUACAUCAGGAUUUUAGUGUAAACUAUUUACAGGAAUUAAACUAAUACCCAACGGUUGACUCAAAUGGUCUCUAGCCAAGACCAUCCUCAUCACCUACAUAGUUCAGUAAUUUUGAUCACAAUACACCUAAACUGGUCUUCCAUCUCAGCAAGACAUGGAUAAGCAAUUCUUAAGAGAAACCCAUCAAAACAUUUAAUAAGAUGUAAUGGUUACAUUAAAAGCUAAUGACUAAGAUUCAA